GCUGUUUUGAAUUGUCCCCCAGAUCCCGGAUCCUCCUUGGAGACAAAGGUAUCAGCCAAGUUAGUUAUAAGUGAGCAAAGGAGAGAACAAGAAAGGGGGAUCCCCUACCGCCAAUACACAAAACUAUUCCCGCCUACCUCGACCAUUCUUCAUAGUGCUAUUUCCUACACAAGCGAGGCGAUGCAGUCUCCACAUCCACGCCGCAUGCUUAAUGAUGCAAUUCGCGAAAGGUCUCUAUCGCAGCUCGUCGCUUCCUUGGAAAUGAUCAAAGCCGACCCUCGACGCUCUUCUCCUCAAGAAUUCCUUCCAUCAAUACUGGGACGGUGUGUUCGCCACGGAAGCAUAGACCUGGUGAAGUAUCUUCUAGAGCGUGACAGGGCACCUGUUGAGUCUCUAUCGCCUCUAGCCGUCGCCGCAAACUCCUCCAUCCCGCUUCUAGAACUGCUCGUGGCCCAUGGCUGGGAUCUCAACAAGCCUGAAGUUGAUAAAUCCCUUAAGCGGGGCGAUAAGCUAAUCGACCUGGUCUGUGACGAUCAUCAGCUGGUCUGCUGGUUGGUUGAGCAUGGUGCACGGGUCACGGAUCGCGAGAUGAAACUCUAUGAGAUCUUCCCGCAGCCGGCUCCGUUACUAGAGACGUGCGCUGUCAGAGGCUCUGUUGAGACCUUCCGGUUCUUACAGAGUAAAGGGGCAUUGCUGGGCCACCGGACGCUUCACCGAGCAGCCGGGGAGGCAGCAUCAUUUGGUGCAGACCCUUUCACUUUUCAAGAAGUUCAUGAUGAGGCAGCUGGGGAUGAAGCCAGGACAAGAAAGGAGCGAGCGGAAAUGUUAGUGUUUCUAGUGGACGAGAUGAAGCUGGACAUUAACGCGAUGGAUUCUUCCGUGCCAUAUCGGGCUUACCAUUGGGGGACCCCUCUAUGCUAUGCUGCCGUGAAAGAGAAGGGAGUUCACGUGGUGAGGUGGUUACUUGAGAAGGGAGCUCAGCCCAAAGUUGAGACUGCACAGAAUGUUGCUGACGCAGAGAUGUUGGCGAAGCUGACAGGAUGCACAGACAAUGAAAAGAUAUUGCGUGGGUGGAAGCAGAGCCACUAAGGCUGAGGAAGGAUGCUAGGCGAGCUUUGUAAUACGAUGUCGCGUGUUUAGUCCAUGGAACUUUGUGGUCAGUGUCCAAAAUCAACCUUGGACAGAUCAUAGAUAGGAACGUGAAGGCGAAAACACGCCUUUACCAAGACCAGGCUUAAAGCUUCUCUUGAUCUUUCAACCCUACACCUACAGCAGACCAUAUUUAAUUUAUUCCGGGCCCCUCAAAUUUAUGACUCUUUGAGGCUGUGUCUCUUCUCAUAUCGGGAACUCCAUAUUGUUCUGCAAGGAGAGGAGAAAGGAUGCAGCGGUGGCAGCACUGAGAAAUGAGACGAGCACUUCGUAUCAGCA